AAACAAGAGUGUUUCUUCCCUCAACUUAAGCUGGAGUAUGGAAGAGAAAAUGUGGUCCUGGAAGAUUUGUUCAACAGCCUCACUGUUAAGUGAAAAGUGACUACGUGUUUUUGUCCAACAUUUCUUCAAUCAGAAUCAACCAUUUGAACGCACCCUGGAUUAAGUGUGGUAUUUGAGCAUGGCAGCAUCUGGAAAUUUCAGGAUUUUUCUUUUAAUGAUUUCAUUGCUGAAUAGCUUGGAGAGUACGAAACUGCUGUCUGAGAUGAAAAUGUGUGGCGAUCUGGAAUGUGAAACUUCAAUAUGCAGAGCCCAAGCCGUAAGAGACUACAGAGGUCCCGACUGUCGAUUUCUGAACUUCAGUAAGGGAGAAGAGAUAUUUGUGAAUGUGAAACUUUCAGGAGAAAGAGAAGAUUUAUGGGCAGGAAGCAAAGGUACGGCUUUUGGGUACUUUCCGAAGGAGGCAAUCCGGGUGGAAGAAGUCUUUAUUUCUAAAGAAGUUGAAGUGCCAAGCAAAGAAUCUGAUUUCAUCUGUCUUCAUGGGAGCGGCUACCAUUUUGAAAGUGAAGAGAAUUCAGAACACAACAGUUAUGAAGGAAUCAAAUAUCCUUACCCAGAUGCGGGUAGACAUGAACGUGAUUUCAAAAAAGACGCGUCGGGAAACUUGCAAGGAGCCAAAAUUGGGGCAGAUGCAAGUAUUCAUGACUCAGAAGACCAGAGUCCUGAACCUUCGUCUUGGGCCAUAACUGAUAUGAGAGGGUGGUUUGGCCUGGGCAGAGAACGAGUUGAAGAGACCCCGGAAUCUACCGUUCAGCCAUUACAAGCCAACUCAGUCGGUGAUGAGAGUGACUUAAGAGAGUUACAAGACAGUGGACGGGUUCUGGAUUCCAAUCCACCCCCUGGUGUGGAGUCGGAAAGAGAGUCGGAGAUAAAGUCACAGCCUGAACUACAACCUGAACCCCACCCGGAAGAAGCUAACUGGCUGGAUAGGAGAUUUUCAAGAAUUUUAGGUUUUGGUGGAAAGGAUCCAGGACCUGCAUUGUCACCCCAAGAAAGCGACCCACCAGUGGAUGCCAAGGAAGGCACUGAGGCGACUGCUCAGGCACCUGAACCUCCCUAUCUGGAUGUGCUGCAAGAAAAAGAGGAAGCCGUGGCAAGUGAUGUCUCCACCCCCAAUUCCCGCUGGCUUCAUUUGCGUUUUAAAAAUAUGCUUGGCUUCGCCUAUGAUGAGGACAAAGUGACUAUGGAUGAGGAACAAAAUGGUGGUGAGGGAAAAGGAGGAAAUGCAAAUGAAGACCUGCCGCCAGCCGGCCCUGACCUUAAUGGGCAGCAGAAACAAGAAGCUGAGGAACUGACAGCUGCUGAUGGACAGACUGAUGAGAAAUUAUCAGAGCCAGCGAACGUUGAGCCAUCAUCAUACUGGACCAAGUUUUUAGAAAACCGAUGGUCCUUCCAAAGCGGGACAGCGGAAGAAGGGUCACAGUUAGGAGCUUUGAAUGAGGACAGUCCAGUUGAAGGUGACCAUAGGAUGGAACAGGAAUCUUCAGCUGAAAGCCAUGACCCAGAAAAUGUGGGUGCUGAGAAGUUAAGAAGGAGAAAUGAUCAACCAGAUAAAGACUUCGGAAGCAAGUUUCCGAGACAGGUUCGUGAAGCAGAAUAUCAACAAAAUGCACAGUUUGAGGAGGACAACAGCUUUGGUCACCCAUCAGAAGGGACACCAAUUUCUGAAGUUUCUGCCCAAGAAGAGUCAUCAACUUUCAACGACAUUCAUUUGGAUAAAGAUGCUCAGAAGAGUCAGAUUCUCAAAUAUUUGCUUCAGUUUGGCAUUUGUGACCUCGCUGUGGCAGCACUUCCUGAAGAUAUGAGGCUGGGCCCCGCAGGAAUAGUUGGCGUUUUUACAGUCCUCUUUUUCCUCCGCAGAUGUUUUCAGUCAGUGAAAAGCCGACUUUAUUUAGAAAGGGAAAAGCAACUUGCCGCAGAAGUUGCAGAACUGAUGGAAGAAAAAUGCAAGGCUCUUGACAAACUCAGCCUCUGCAAGAGAGAGUACGAAGACCUAGCAGCAUCUUCUAAAGAUGCCGGCUUUGAGAGCGUGUCAUCAGAAAUAUCGAGUCUUAAGUUGGUUGAAACGUCACAAACAGAAGAGGCAUCAUAUGAAAGACUGAACAUGUCAAAUUCGGAACUUGAAAGUGAAAUACAGACUCUAGAAAAAGAACUGGAAGAAGAGCAGUCUAAAUUCACAGAGCAAAAUGAUUUGUUAGACGAUGUACAAAGGAAGAUUGAGUCACUAGAAGAGGAGUCAAAGUCUACCAAAUCACAACUGGCUGAAGCCAGAACAACAUUGAAAAUAAUUAACAUGAAUGAAGAUCGAAUUAGAACAUCAAUUCAAGAUUCACUGGAAGAAAAUUCUGAUCUUCAGAAAAGCCAAAAUCAGCUUUUACAAGAAGCUGAAGGAUGGAAUGAACGAUUCAGGGAACUUGAUGAAGAGAAAAAGAUGCUAGAAACUUCUAAAGCAGACAAAGAGGAAGUUUUAAAUAAUACAGAAAGUCAGAUCAAGUCCCUGACGGAAUUCUUGCUGAGUAUGAAGGAUUGGCCCUCUGUACUUGAAGAAGAGAAAGUGGACGAUAAUCACUGGGAAGCUGAAAUAAAGAGUGAAUCAGAAAAUGCAGAACGUUUAGAUGAUCAACAGAAGCGAAUUGUGAAGAAAUUGAUUGAUGCUGCCAAGUUAAAUGCUCAUUUAAAAACCUUGGAAACAGAAAGAAACCAGCUGCAUUCUAAACUGUCUGAUGAAAAUAAAGUGAAAGAGGAACUAUCAGAGCGCAUUAAAAAUCUGCAAACUGAACAAGCCAAUUUACAGUCUGAAAAUGCACAUUUUGAAAGCGAAAACCAAAAGCUCCAACAAAAAUUUAAAGUAAUGACCGAGCUCUAUCAAGAAAACGAGAGGAUACUUCACAGGAAGUUAACAGAGGAAGAAAAUGACCGUUUACAGAGCGAGGAGAAACUUUCCAAAGCAGAUGAAAAGAUGCUUCAUGCUGCUGAAGAGCUAAACACCUACCGGGAACGAGCAAAAGAUCUUGAAGAAGAAUUGAAAAAAACCAUUCGUUCUUAUCAAAGCCAGGUAACAUCCCAUGAGAAAAAAGCUCAUGAUAAUUGGCUAUCGGCCCGGGCCAACGAAAGACAACUUGGGGAUUUGAAAAAAGAAAACUCACACUGCAGACAAAAAUUAACUGAGUUGGAGCUUAAAUUUGAUCUUUUAAAAAAGGAUCCUUUUGCACUUGAUGUUCCAAAUCGAGCAUUUGGCCGAGAGCAUUCCCCAUACAGGCCCUCGUCAGUGGGUCGACCUUCAUCAGAAACGAGAGCUUUUCUCUCCCCUCCGACCCUGUUGGAGGGCCCACUCAGGCUUUCACCUAUGCUUCCAGGGGGAGGAGGAAGAGGCUCAAGAGGCCCUGGGACCCCUAUGGAAUAUCUAGCGGCGAAUGAAAGUGGAGAGUUGAGCUCUGAUAGGUUACCUGAUCCCCACCUGACACCUUCGGAUAUCGGAUCCCUGUCACUGCCCUGGGAGAGGGAGCCCAGGAUAAUCAUGCCUCCUUCAGGACAACCAUAUCCUGAUCCAACUCUGCCUCCUCAAGGACCAGAAAGAUUUUAUUCCAGUUCCCCCAUCCCUGGAAUACACAGACGCUAUAGCGGGCCUUCUUUUGACAAACCAGAUGGACCAGCCACCUCAGAGAUGGAGACCAGCGAGAAUUCUACCAGAGACGAUGGUGGCGACCUAAGCCUACCCGAUUCAUCUCUCCUGCCCGAGAAUGAGGUGUCUGGCUCCAUCAGGGGUCCAUCACCUCUCCCGCCAGGCCAUGGCCCGUUCCUGCCCAUGGAUCCCCGGGGGCCCUUCAUGAGACGGGGCCUUCCUUUCCCCCCACCUCCGCCAGGAAGCAUGUACGGGGCACCGAGAGACUACUUCCCCCCAAGGGAUUUCCCCGGACCGCCACCCCCGUCGUUUGGAAUGAGAAGUGCCUAUCCGUAUGGGCCGUAUUCCCACUACCCGCCCCCGAGGGCCGGAUUUUUCCCUCCUUUUCCGGAAAGUAGAAACGACCUGCCUCCCGAGACGACGGAGCCUGCGAGCCAGCCGCCCGCCUCGCAGCCGGAGCCACAGCCGGACACCUGACCCUUUCUCCCGCCGCCCUCGGGAGAAACUGCGAAUCGGCUCACGGUACCCUCCGCUUGGCUCUUGAUCUCGGUUUUAAGCGACUGCCGUUACUUCGAUGAUUAUACUUUGGCUCAAACUGGAGCUUAAUGGAAUCGUAAUCCUCAGGAGAGGAAAUUGGAAAUAAAGAUGAUUUGAUUAGGAAUCAUGUGAAU